GCUCUUAGUACGGUUGAAAUAGCGAUUACGAAAAUUAUUAUCAAGCAGAAAAUAUAAGUCCGGUGGAACCGAUCGUUUCUUUAAAGACUGUAGGGUUUCGACAGAGUUUUUACUUGGAUGAGUGAAAAAAUGGGGAAAAAUAAAUCACCUCAAGAGAAGAAUAUCCAAGUUGUUGUGAGAUGCAGGCCUCGUAAUGGAAAGGAGAUCAAGGAAGCCUCACCAGCCAUUGUCGACUGUCAGCCAGUAAAGCGUGAAAUCACAGUUCAACAAGACAUUGGCAAUAAUGCCCAUACAACCAAGACAUUCACUUUUGAUAAGGUCUUUGCACCAAACUCCAAGCAAAUUGAUGUAUAUAAGGCUGUUGUCAUGCCAACGCUGGAUGAAGUCCUUCAAGGAUAUAACUGCACCAUUUUUGCUUAUGGCCAAACUGGUACCGGCAAGACAUACACCAUGGAGGGGGAGAAGAGUGAGGAGAAUCUAUCCUGGGAUCAGGAUCCGCUUGCUGGUAUUAUUCCAAGGACCAUGCACCAGUUAUUUGAGAGACUAAACAGCCAAACUGAUUGUGAGUUCUCUGUCAGAGUGUCAUUUUUGGAGAUCUACAAUGAAGAGCUGUUUGAUCUCUUAAGCCCUAAUUUUGAAACUGCGAAGCUGAGGCUGUUUGAAGAUGGGGCAAGAAAGGGCUCUGUGGUUAUUCAAGGUUUAGAAGAACUGGUUGUUAGUGACAGAGAUGAGGUGUACAACAUCUUGGAUAGGGGCCGAGCACGAAGGCAGACUGCAGCCACUCUCAUGAAUGCACACUCAAGCCGAUCACACUCAUUGUUCUCAGUCACAAUUCACAUCAAGGAGAACUCUGUCAAUGGUGAAGAACUGCUGAAAAUUGGCAAACUCAAUUUAGUUGAUCUGGCUGGCAGUGAAAACGUGGGUCGUUCAGGAGCAGUGGAUAAGCGGCUCCGAGAAGCUGGGACCAUCAACCAAAGUCUUCUCACCCUUGGGAGAGUUAUAACAUCUCUGGUGGAGAGAGCUCCGCAUGUUCCAUAUAGGGAAAGCAAACUCACGCGACUUCUACAAGACUCACUGGGCGGACGAACUAAGACUUCCAUCAUUGCUACCAUUUCUCCCGCUCUUUGCAACAUCGAGGAAACCCUGAGUACCCUGGACUACGCCCAUCGCGCAAAGAACAUCCUGAACAGACCAGAAGUCAACCAGAAGCUGACCAAGAGAGCUCUGAUCAAGGAGUAUACAGAUGAAAUUGAAAAACUGAAGAAGGAUCUCUUUGCUGCCCGAGAAAAGAAUGGCAUCUUCCUAUCUGAAGACAGCUACAGUGCUAUGCAAAACACCAUCCAGUCCCAAACCUCCCGUAUCACCCACUUCGAGACCAGGCUACCGGAGAUGGAAGCCGAUUUCGCAGCAAAGAUUGAGGCGAUGGAGGCGGAGCUCCAAAAGGUCACAGAGCUCUUUACUGACACCAAGAACGAGUUAGAGCAGACAUGCGAGGUGCUACAAGACACCAAAACUGACUUGCAUAAGACCAAGGCAACGUUGUCGGACACCAAGUACAGCCUUAAGGCUACCGCGGUCGAUCGUGACGAGAAAGAGUUCCUUCUCAAAGAGCAUGUUCGGCAGGAAGUCCAGCUACACGAAAAAGCCACGAACCUUGUCGGCGUGGUUCGGGAGAGUGUCACUGACGUGCACGGUCUGCAUGAAAAACUCGGUCGGCAGCGUUCGGUUGAAGACCACAAUAGGAAUGCUAAGGACAAGUUUCGGCGGGAGUUUAGCGAGCGUGUCGGAGAGGUGAUCGACAACCUUAGUGAGUUCAAGGAAGAGAGCACUUCGUUCUGCUCCAACAUCUCUCAAAGCAUUGGUAUGCUGAUAAGCAAGAAGUCGGAAGAGACCAAUGACCUGCAGAAGCAGAUGGAUAGGAUGGCUAAUGAUUUGCUGGAACGUAUGGUGGAGAUCUCUAAUAACGCGAAGACUCAAGUAGAAACGUCUGCCAGCUGGCAUCACGACGUAGCUAAAGACGUUGAGAACAAGAAGGGAGAAGUGGUGCACAUGGUGCAAGAUUUCCAGGACUCUCUGUUCGUCCCUCAAAUGCGUACUCUUCAGGAUGCGUUGGCAACUCAGACCCGAUACAUGAUGGACCUCAGUAAUCUUUUCACGACUAUGAUGACCCAGUACAACGAGCAAGUCCAACACUUCAUUGAUGGCCAAGGAUCAAUCUUGAAAAGCCUCUCACAAGUAGUGGAGAGUCACACAUGCCAACAGACCGAAACACUUGACAAAGUUACUAAAGGGACAAAUAAAGUCGUCAAAAACCAAAUUAACCUGCAAAAGGACUUGCAGGAAGAAUUCAUGAAGGAGAUCGUGUCUUCCCUGCAAGCGGUGAUGGAGAAGCAGAGGAAGAAGCUUGCGGAGGAUAUGGAGGCCGUUCACGAGGUUAUCAACCUAUCGAAAGCACAGGAGGAGUCUAUGGCCACCGAGUUUAAAAGUCGCGGCGAUGCAAUGCUCAACUGUGCGGGUCAGUUUGCCCAAAGCUGCGCUGAUGUCGCGCAGAGGAAUAUUUUUGAAGUGAACAAGAACACAGAAUCGGCAAGAGCUGGAGUUAGCAGCUCUGAGAAUCUCUGUCAGAACAUGGAAGAUGGAGUUACAUCAAACACCUCUAACGUGUCGAAGCUCGCAGAGAAGUGGCAAGUUAUGCUGAAUGAAUCUUUUACUCAACAUCUGGACGCCAUCAAGUCAUCUUGCGGCCAACAACAAGACGUUGUUAACAGAACCAAAGAAGACCUCCUUAGACCCAAAGAAGAGAUAAAAUCGCAAAUGGAAGCCAACCAAGAGGCCCUCCGUCAAAAUGCAUCGUCAUGGCAGCAGUCACUCGAUAACCAAUCAGAGGCUGUCACUAAAUGGUCACAUGACCAGACCCAGGCGGUGCGGGAUGUUGGUGCGAGCGUGGAGAAGCUGCUGACGGAGGAUAUGCUAGAGGUGGUAUCAACAGGCGAGACUCCUCAGAGGCGGGAAUUCUCAUUCCCCACCCACAUGAACAAGACUUCACCUCACGACAGGCUGCUUAUGAGAUUCCGUGAGUCGUACGUGCCGCCCCUGACGCCGGAAUUGACCGCAAAGACCGUAUCGAGCGUGUCUAGCGAUGAAGGCGGGAUCCCUGUCUUCGAGUUGAGCUCUGCAAGUACUGAGACCGUGCCACGUGACCAGGACCCCGAGAGCCUGGGCUCUAGCGAGGACGAGGAAGAAGAGGUUGUACUCAAGGUGACGGAGGAAGAAGAAGAUGGCAAGGAAAACGUCUUUGCUGUACCCAAGACUGUCGCAAAAAUGAGAACCACAUGUUACACUAACACCAAUGGAAAGGAGAAUAAGUCGGGAGAUAGCAAGAUUCCACAACCGAGCAAACUUAGGACCCCCGUCGAUAGAGCCAAGAUGCCACUGCGCUCCUGCAACACGAAAUAAGACGACAGCACUAGCGUUAUUAGGCUUUAGCUAAAUACUGUUGCAUGCCGUCGUCAAAGGAAUCAAUUGUAAUGUAACAGGUUUCUUUGAUUUUUUUUUUCUACGUCGUGGACGCUUGUCCGGUACACACACACAAAAUCGCAAGAAUUUGGAAUUUACAUUUGAAGAAUAGAUCUGACAUGCGUCCAUUCCGCCUUGUUUCUUGGUGUGAAAGAAAUGUUUACUGAAAUAUGUACUGUGAGUGGACAGGAAAAAAUGUUUCUCAAUUUUACUUAGAAUAGAAAUCCUCGAUUAACAUUAGGUGACCCGGUUUAUGGAAAUGCAUACUUUAUUUUCAAAAUAGUCACACGAAGAAUUCUUGACUACUAAAUUAUAGUCUUAGCCCCACCCAAGCUGCUAUCAGGGAAACGGUUAUCGUGCAUCUUGCUCGAAAGCUGUUUGAUUUGGUAAAAUCGUCAUUAUAUCACAUGGGGUAUGUCUGUAACUCACAUAGUUUUCUGCCCGAGCCCCAUCACUUCAUGGGGGUAGAGGGUUGCCACGGCUAGAUAUACAUGACUUCUCACCCCCGUCCCGCCCUAACCACUUUGGAGAGGAGGGUAAUCGUGAAGUGUUGGUAACAAUCUUCUGAUGUAUAGUGCUUAAAACUAAUGUACAUACUCUAUCAUUAAAAUUAAAAUUUAUUUUUAUAUGAA